UCAUUGAUAAAAGUGUGACAGUAAAGACACCCAUUCAAAAAUCUCCCCAGAUACACUCCUAAGAAAAAUCCUUGAUUAAAAUCUCUGUUUUGAACUAAAAUAACUCUAUUUUACCAUUUAGGAUCAAAGGCUUGUAUAUUACUUCUGUGUGAAUUGUUAUUAACAUCACAAUGAUAUGUGCUAUUACCAUAAAUGACAUAAUUCAUCUUAUGUUUGUGCUUUUCAGGCAUCCUUAGCUGUCUCAGGAGAGAAGUGAGGUGCCUGGACAGGCCUGGUACUGUGCUGCCAUGGAGACGAAGCAGGAACCAUCCACUGUAUGGAGUCAGAGUGUUAAUAAUGAUUCAAGCAACCCCACACAGGUGCAUUUUGAAGGUGGCACUGUGGCCCAGAUAGUGUACAGUGGAGAUCAAGCGGACAGGGGAGAGCAGCAGGUGGUUUACACAGCAGAUGGAAACUCCUAUACCUCUGUAGAGUCUGCAGAGCACACACUGGUCUACAUACACCCUGCAGAUGGAUCUCAGACUGUAUUUGCUGAUCAGCCACAAGUGGCUUAUAUUCAACAGGACGGCACGACUCAGCAGGUCACAGUUCUGCUGCCUGGUGGACAGAACAUGAAUGCCGCCAAUCUGCAUGUGCUCAGCAAUGUAGCAGAUGCUCCUCAAGCCCUCCUGGAGUCAGUUUCCCAGGAGCAGCUGUCUGUGUCCAACUCGCUCACAGCUAUGGCCGACAUCUCAGAUCCUCCCACCAGCCCGCUCGGAGCCACAGACUCCACGGAUGACUCGGACGAAGAUGAGGACGAAGACUCUGAGAUGGAUGACUGGGAGCUGCGGCAGCCUCAAUCUUUCAGCCCUCACAGCCUGUGGUGUGAGGAGUGCAACACGGCCAACCCCUCAGUCUGUCUAACUCACGGCCCGCUGCAUCCCAUCCCCAACCGGCCAGUGAUGUCCAAGGCAAGGGCCAGUCUGCCUUUAGUCCUCUACAUCGAUCGCUUCCUGGGUGGGGUAUUCUCCAAGAGACGCAUCCCAAAGCGUACACAGUUUGGCCCCGUGGAAGGGCCACUAGUUCCACAGAGUGAACUACAGGACCAUUACAUUCACUUGAAACUGUGCAUGCUGGACUCAGAGAAGGAUGGAGAGAAGCCUAAUGACAUGUGGUUGGACCUUUCUGAUGAAGACAACUGUAACUGGAUGAUGUUUGUGAGACCUGCUCAGAAUCACCUGGAGCAAAACUUGGUGGCCUAUCAGUAUGGCUCUGAAAUAUUUUACACAACUAUCAAGAACAUCCAGCCCAAGCAAGAGCUUAAGGUGUGGUAUGCAGCUUCGUAUGCAGAGUUUGUAAAUCAGAAGAUCCAUGAUGUUACAGAAGAGGAGAGGAAAGUGCUCCGGGAGCAAGAGAAGAACUGGCCUUGUUAUGAAUGUAACCGCCGCUUUGUGAGCUCAGAGCAGCUGCAGCAACACCUCAAUAUGCAUGAUGACAAGUUAAGCUCUAUUUCAAGAUCCAGAGGUCGGGGUCGAGGAAGAGGGAGGAAGAGAUUUGGGACAGGAAGAAGACCCGGACGUCCACCCAAAUUUAUACGUUUAGAUCCAUCAGUUGAUGCCAGUGGAGAUAAGACAACAGAAAUGCUGGAAUUGACAGAGAAGCCACUUGAUGAGCAGGUGGAAGGAGCUCAGAAUGGGCUGAAGGAGGUUGAGAUGGAGACAGACGGGGAGACUGGGACUGAAACAGAGGGUCAACUUGAGCUGCCUGCUGGGGAACCAGUCCCAGAAUCUUUAACGCCCCCCUCCAGUGCGGACCUGCCAGUUCCACUGAAGGAGGAUCCAUCUCAGAGCAGCCAAUCAGAUUCCCACCUCACAUCACAGGACUUGCGUCGUGCAAAGCGAAUACGGAACGCAGCGUUGCAGCACCUUUUCAUCAGAAAGACUUUCCGUCCUUUUAAAUGCACCCACUGUGGCAAGGCCUUUCGGGAAAAAGACAAGCUGGAUCAGCACCUGCGGGUUCACGGCCGAGACGCUUACAACUUUUCCUGCCACAUUUGCAGCAAGAGCUUCGUGAGUGACUCGGCCCUGGAGGAUCAUCUACUGGUGCACACAGAGAACCGCUCCUACUCUUGUCUCUUAUGCCCAGAAACAUUUGAAAGGCUAGAGCUGCUAAAAGAUCACGUAGAGGUGCAUUCUGUGAACGGCUGCUUCACCUGCCCUUCCUGCAAGAAGACAUUCAGCGACUUCAUCCAGGUGAAGAAGCAUAUUCGCUGCUUUCAUUCAGAGAAAAUCUUCCAGUGCACAGACUGUGAAAAGGCCUUCUGUCGACCGGACAAGCUACGCUUGCACAUGUUGCGCCACUCAGAUCGCAAGGACUUCCUGUGCUCAACAUGUGGCAAACAAUUCAAGAGGAAAGAUAAGCUGCGGGAGCAUAUGCAGCGCAUGCACAAUCCAGACAGAGAAGCCAAGAAGGCUGAUCGGAUCCACCGUUCCAAAGCCCUCAAAAUGAAGGUCCCCACCACCGACUUCGAGAGCUUUGUGUUCAAAUGCAGAGUGUGCAUGAUGGGGUUUCGGCGCAGAGGAAUGCUGGUAAACCAUUUGUCCAAGCGUCAUCCAGACAUGCGUAUCGAUGAUGUGCCUGAGCUAACCCUGCCAAUUAUCAAACCCAACAGAGACUAUUUCUGCCAGUAUUGUGACAAGGUGUACAAGAGUGCCAGUAAGCGCAAAGCUCACAUACUGAAAAACCACCCUGGGGCAGAAUUGCCACCCAGCAUCCGGAAACUGCGUCCAGCUGCUCCUGGUGAGCCAGACCCAAUGUUGAGCACACACACCCAGCUGACUGGUACCAUUGCAACUGCACCAGUUUGCUGCCCUCACUGUGCCAAACAGUACAGCAGCAAGACUAAGAUGGUUCAGCACAUCAGGAAAAAACACCCAGAGUUUGCCCAGCUGGCUAACAGUAUUCAGGCUCCUCUGACCACUGCUGUAAUCAGUAACGCUCCUGCUGUCAUCACUGCAGAUGGUACCACUGAGGCUGUUGUGACCACAGACCUGCUGACCCAAGCCAUGACAGAACUGUCACAAACACUCACCUCAGACUACAGAACAGCGCAGGGAGACUACCAGAGAAUCCAGUACAUCCCCGUCUCACAGGCUGGAGGUAGCCUGUCUCAACCCCAACACAUUCAGCUGCAGGUCGUCCAGGUAGCUCCGGCUUCCUCUCCACAUUCUCAGGCCCCGACUGUAGAUGUGAGCCAGCUGCAUGACCCACAUGGCUACAGUCAGCACUCCAUCCAGGUUCAACACAUCCAAGUCACAGAGCCCUCAGGUACUGGACAAGGUGCCACCCAGGGUACCAGCCAACCGCUUAGCCCCACCUCUCAGCAGCCCAAUCAGGAGCUAAGUCCUGCCCAGCUGACCCCUGUCACUUUAGCUCAGAGUCACACCCUCCAGGCUAACAGCACCCAGCAGCAGGGAACUGUGCAGCAUGCUUACAUACCUGGAAACUGGAACUACAGAGGCUACUCAUCUGAGAUCCAAAUGAUGGCUCUACCUCAUGCACAGUAUGUGAUAGCUGAAGCUAGCACCCCUGUAUCUGGAGUCAACAGUAACCAGGUGAAAACGACGCACUACGUCAUCUCUGAGGGUCAGAGCGACCUGGAUACUAAGCCGACCGCUUCUCAGAGCACAGGUCAGGCUCAGACUGAACAUUUGGAGCAACCUGAGAAUCAGCAAACCACCACACAGUACAUCAUCACCACAACCACCAACGGCAGCGGCACCAGUGAAGUUCACAUCACAAAACCGUGAAUUCUGAAAGUCCAGACCUGCAGACUGAUCAUGCGCAACUCCCCCCUCGGCAGCUUGUACGCACACGAAUUAUAAAGUACACCACCAAAUCCGUACGGGUAUAGAUUUGUGUACAUUGAGAUAAAACAGACCAGCACAGUUUUAUGUGUCUGAACUGUUGCCUUGCAAGCUGCCAGAACUUUAUGAGGAAAAUAAAAUGAGUGAAGAGAGAAAAUGUGAAGUUUUUAUUCUGAACAGAAUAUGUAAACAAUAAAAAAUCAUCUAAACACUCAUUUUGAAUACAUGGAAUGUAAAAUAUAACUACAUCAACAUAUUGAUGCAGUGGAAUGAUGGGAGCUCAGUCAUGUACAGAUCUGAAUGCUGAUUUUGCAUAUUAUGUUACAGACAGUUCUUUAAUUAUUGUGUUUGUAAAUGACUUGCAAAUAUGGAGAACAGUAUAAAAUGUCAGGUCAUGAUCUUGUUUAUUACAAAUUGUCAUGCAUCAUCUGUUGUAUGUUACAGUACAGUGUUGAUAAGUGAUGUGAUUUUUCUCCAUCAGCUUCCUCUGUGCAAUAUGGAGGGUUGUUCUCAUUUUUCAUGCUGGAAUCUACUUCAUAAAAUUUAGAAUGAG